CUUACCCAUCAGCCCCUCUGGUGUUUGCUAACUCUGUGAGGAGGUUGAUUUCGGCUAAAAGAGCAUUUGUUAAAACCAUUGCUGGUGUGGAGAUCCAGUCGUCACCAUGGGUGAAAGAAAAGGAACAAACAAAUACUACCCUCCAGAUUUUGAUCCGGCAAAGCAUGGAUCCCUCAAUGGCUACCAUAAAACUCACGCUCUGCGGGAGAGGGCCAGGAAACUGUCCCAGGGCAUCCUCAUUAUCAGGUUUGAGAUGCCCUACAACAUCUGGUGUGAUGGCUGCAAAAAUCACAUCGGCAUGGGGGUCCGUUACAAUGCUGAGAAGAAGAAAGUGGGGAACUACUACACCACGCCAAUCUACAGGUUCAGGAUGAAGUGCCAUCUGUGUGUCAACUACAUCGAGAUGCAGACAGAUCCGGCGACCUGCGACUAUGUCAUAGUGAGCGGGGCGAGCAGGAAGGAGGAGCGCUGGGACAUGGCUGAAAAUGAGCAGAUUCUCACCACAGAACGGACAGAGAAGGAGAAACUGGAGACAGACGCCAUGUUCAAACUUGACCACGGUGGGAAAGACAAGGAAAAGCUUAAAAAGGCUCUGCCUUCUCUGUCGGAGAUCCAGGACCACCAGGCCGGCUGGAAGGACGACUUCCAGCUCAACAGUACCCUCCGCAGGAAGUUCAGGACGGAGAAGAAAGUCUUGGCUGAGCAGGAGGAGAAGGACAACGCAGUGAGGAUGAGGACCAACCUGUCCAUCCCAUUGUUGCCAGAGAAAGAGGAGGACAAGAAGCUGGCAGCACUGCUCACCUACCAGGCGCCCGACUCCUAUGAGGACAAGCAGCACAGCAAGCGGAAAGAGAUCUCCUCUCGUUCGUGGUUCAACUCCCCUUCAGCUCCACCAGGAGGCGCUGCGGGCAGCCUGCUCCAUAAGCUCGGCCUGCAGGGGAAAGAGGCAGCGGUGGCCAAAGCCCUGGGCUCCUCGCACAGCCCUCUGAUCCGCAAACGCUCAGGAGGAGUCAAAACUGAACCCUGCGCCGCCAUCGCUCGCAGAAAGUCCCACCCUGAAUCCAACACGUGUGAUGGAGACGUCACACAGAGAGAGGACGCCCCGAGUAUAACACCGGCAGGGCUGGAGGUUAAAGAGACACAUGAUGCUGGAUCCAGACAAACACUUGUUAAAAACACAGAAGAAGCAGAUGAAAAACUGACAAAGGACUGUGCGAAGGAGAAAGAGCAGGACAGAAGUUUAGGAGCACUUGCGUCCCUGGUGGCCGACUACAGCGACUCAGAUUCAGACCCUGGACUGUGACACUGAAUCAGAAAUUAAAGUGGACAAACUCUGUUUGAGUGGAGGUCAUAAGCAAAGUCAGUGUGUCAUUUUGUGAGAGCGAGACUAAAAUCGGAGAUGCUUGUCACAGCUGCAGACACGUUUGUUGCUUUUUAAUUGUUGAAACAGAGUGACGUGUCCUCACUGCGGGAAAAUUCUGUUUUCUAGAACAAAAUGUGCGAAGAAAGAUUUUUGAUCUUAAGCUAGUUGGCCUGCGGCUUCAGUGUACUUUAAAAUAUUUAAAGUGUUGCGUCCGACCUGGUAAUAAGGCCUCUGUGCAGCCUCUGCAGAUCCAGUUUAACCCUAUAAAACCUUGAUCUACAAAACUUUUCUUGUGCUGCAUUCAGGCGCCUUUCACAAGUAUUGAAAAUGUUAAACCCUGAACCAUUUGAUUUGAUGUUUAUCAAAAACCUGGAAAAAAGUAAAUAACCAACUUUGUAAGAAAUGUUCCACAAAAUGCAAGAAAUUGGUAUUUAGAAAA